AACACUCACCACUCACAUCAUCGUCCCUCAGUUUUCCCCCCGGCCAGCACAGCACUAGACUGCAUGGAUGAUCGAUCAUCCUGAGCAGUCCUCUGUCGCCCAACGACGAUGAAGUCAUCGCGAAUCGCUGGCUUUUCGCUGACGCCUGUUCUGUAGGGCUGAUGCUGCGCACUGGGUCCUGGCCAUUGGACCCCGGAUUGACUUUGAAGAGAUAAAUAAUCGGUGGAAUCCACCGCUGGGGUGGGUUUUGUUUCUCUUUUUUUUUUCCCUCCCAGAAUUGCCGACACCCGACUACCACCACAAUAAUACAAUAAUCCUCACUACCGUCACGCCUCCCUCUUCAACACUCACACUCACACUCAAGCGCAUUCACUCAUCACAUCUUCACCAUGUUCAACUGGUUCAAGUCGUCCAACAAGGAGUCCGCUCCCACUCAGCAGCCCACCUGGGACGCCAACACCGUGACUAUGCAGCAGCCCUCCGGCCCUGAGGCCCCUGUCACCGAGCGGGUCGUCACCGGCCAGCCCAACCAGCCCGAACAGAUGCAAAUGAGCCUCCGUGGUGGCGGUGAGGGCGAAGACGUCUGCUGUGGAGUCUGCGCCGGUCUCUGCUGCUUCGAAUGCUGCGAGUGCUGCUGCUAGACGCGAUCAACCUCUCGCCGCCAUGGCGGAUA